CUUGUUUGCUGUUGGAAAUCUGGCACCAUGUGAACAGAAGGGCGUAGACAGAAGAUUUAGACAGCAAAAUGAGAUUAAGGAGACAAUGAGGAGGGAGAACCAGAGCAGCGUGCCCGAGUUCCUCCUCCUGGGGCUCCCCAUCUGUCCAGAGCAGCAGGGCAUGUUCUUCGCCCUGUUCCUGGGCAUGUACCUGACCACAGUGCUGGGGAACCUGCUCAUCGUCCUGCUCAUCAGGCUGGACUCUCGCCUCCACACCCCCAUGUACUUCUUCCUCAGCCACUUGGCCUUCACCGAUGUCUCUUUCUCAUCUGUCACUGUUCCAAAGAUGCUCAUGAACAUGCGGAUUCAGCACUUAUCCAUCCCCUAUGUGGGGUGCAUUUCUCAGAUGUAUUUUUUCUCACUUUUUGUUUGUCUUGAAAAUUUCCUUCUUGCUGUGAUGGCAUAUGACAGGUAUGUGGCCAUCUGUCAGCCACUCCACUACACCACUGUCAUGAGGGAGGAGAUGUGUACUUUACUAGUGGCUGGCUCCUGGCUCUUCUCAUGUGCCCAUGCCCUGUUGCACACUCUCCUUCUGUCCCACCUCUCCUUCUGUGCUGACAAUACCAUAUCUCAUUUCUUUUGUGAACUCACUGCCCUUUUGAAGUUGACCUGCUCAGACACUUUCCUCAAUGAGCUAGUUAACUUCACUGAGGGGGGAGGGUUUGUCUUCCUGACAUUUUGUGCUAUUUUGGGCUCCUAUACCCGCAUUGGGGCAACCAUCCUGAGAGUCCGCUCCAUCAAGAGGAUCUGCAAAGCCUUGUCCACCUGUGGCUCCCACCUCCUCGUGGUGUUUUUGUACUAUGGGACUCUUGCAACGAUUUAUUUCAUUCCAUCAUCAAACAAUUCCAAGGUCAAAGACAUAAUUGCUUCAGUUAUGUAUACAAUGGUGACACCUAUGUUAAAUCCCUUUAUCUAUAGCCUGAGGAACAGGGACAUGAGAUUAGCUCUGGGGAUACUUUACAGGAGGAAAAUUUUUUUUUUAUAG